CCAAAUCCGACGUAAAGGCGCCUCCCUUUCUAGUUCUCUCUCUAUCUUUUGUUUAUCUUUUGUUGUUAGGUCCCCCCCCUCCCCCUUCACAACUCCUUUCCCAAAAUUUACAACCCACUAAAUAUAACACGUUCCCAACUGCAAAAACCACACCAAAUUGCUGCUCCCAAGCCUCAAUUCCCAUUAUUAUUAUUAUUGUCUUCUUCUGUUGCUAAUUCUAGCUGCUGCUGCUGCUGUUUUUCCAGCUUAUGAUGAAGUGGAGAACGGUUUCUCUCCUCUUCAUGAUCUUCUUGCUUUCCAUUUGUAGUUUUCAUGGUUUGGUUUUGGCUCACGACCUUCCUCAAGAGGAACCCGACAUGAUGAGAUUGGAGUUAAUACAUCGGCACAGUCCCCAACUCAUUGGGACAGUGCAUGGGGGGCCAUGGCCUUUUAAAACUCGGCUGGAACGCGUUAAGGAGCUUGUAGAGCGUGACAUCGUACGGCACCGCGUCACCAUCUCCCACAAACGCAGCGGCCAAGGCCGGUUGAGCACGAGGAGAAAGGACUCGGAAACCUCUGCCGAAAUGCCAAUGAGCUCGGGUGCGGAUUAUGGGACGGGUCAGUACUUUGUGCAAGUCAAAGUUGGGAAGCCGGCGCGGGCAUUUCUGCUGAUUGCGGAUGCUGGGAGCGAGUUGACAUGGGUGAACUGUAGAUAUGGUUGUGGGUCGAAGAACUGCAACACCCACAAAGGAAGACUAAGAAACCACCGGCGGGUGUAUCUCGCGGAUCGCUCUUCUUCCUUUGAGACUAUCCCAUGCUUAUCCAAGAUGUGUAAGAUUGAGCUCAUGAAUCUCUUCUCCCUCGCUCGCUGUCCCACCCCAUCCACCCCCUGUGCCUAUGAUUACAGUUACCUUGACGGAUCGGCUGCGCUGGGGUUCUUUGCCAACGACACCAUAACGGUUGGCCUAACAAAUGGUAGGAAGAUGAUGCUAGAGAAUGUGCUAAUUGGGUGUACCGAGUCUACUCGGGGUCAGGGGUUCAAGGGAGCUGAUGGUGUAUUGGGGUUGGGCUAUGGCAAGCACAGUUUUGCCAGAAAAGCAGCUGGAAAAUUUGGUGACAAGUUUUCAUAUUGCCUAGUUGAUCACUUAAGCCCCAAGAACAUCUCAAAUCAGCUCAUUUUUGGUACCAAUAGAAAUAAACAUUCAUUGACGAGGAAUAUCCAACAUACCAAGCUCCUUCUCAAUGCCAUACCGCCAUUCUAUGCUGUAAACAUAUUGGGCAUCUCCAUUGGUGGGGUGAUGUUGAGAAUACCAACGGAAGUUUGGGAUGCAAGUCUUGGUGGUGGAACAAUCCUUGAUUCAGGCUCAAGCCUAACACUUCUAGCAGAGCCAGCUUACAAUCCUGUCAUGACUGCAUUGCAAAUGUCUGUAUCAACAUAUGAAAGAUUGGACCUAAAACCAUUUGAGUAUUGCUUCAAAUCGACAGGAUUCAAUGAGUCAUUGGUGCCAAGAUUAGUAUUUCAUUUCACAGAUGGAGCUCGAUUUGAGCCGCCGGUUAAGAGCUAUAUCAUUGAUGUUGCUCCUGAAUCGAAGUGUCUCGGAUUUGUGUCAGUCAUUUGGCCUUCCACCUCUAUAAUUGGCAAUAUUAUGCAGCAAAACAAUUUGUGGGAAUUUGAUUUGGUGCGAGGUACAGUGGGUUUUGCGCCCUCUAGCUGCACCUGCACCUAGUCCUCUUUAAGUCGAUUUUCUUUUCAUUUUCUCUUCACAUACUUGUCUAUUUUUCUGUAUCUUAAAUUCUUUGCAGUUAUUGUUGUAAUUUCUUGAGCUUCAGCAAGUAUAAUCACUUGGUUCGUUGUUGGGA